AGAAACAGAUAGAGUAGCAUAGAAAAAAUGGUUGGUGAAGGAGAAAGAGGAAAGGCAGUGAUAGUGGGAGGAAGCAUAGCAGGUAUAUCAUGUGCACAUGCUCUUACCUUAGCUGGUUGGGAUGUCCUCGUGCUUGAGAAAACACCUUCAUCUCCAACUGGAAGCCCCACUGGUGCUGGUCUUGGACUCAACUCUUUCUCCCAACAAAUCAUUCAAUCAUGGCUUCCACACUCACAACAACAGCUCCUACUCAACACCACUCUGCCUCUAACCAUUGAUCAGAACUAUGUAACUGAUAGUGAGAGGAAGGUUCACAGUACAUUGACAAGGGAUGAGAGUUUGAACUUCAGAGCAGCACAUUGGGCAGAUCUUCAUGGUCUUCUGUACAAUGCACUGCCAUCAGAUAUAUUUUUAUGGGGUCAUCUUUUUCUCUCUUUCCAUGUUGUACAUGAUAAGGGUUCUGUCAUAGUAAAGGCUAAGGUUCUAGAAACUGGUGAGGUUGUAGAGAUAGAAGGGGAUUUGCUUGUUGCGGCAGAUGGUUGUCUCUCUUCCAUCCGUCAGAAAUAUCUCCCUGAUUUUAAACUGAGAUAUUCAGGCUAUUGGGCAUGGAGAGGGGUUCUUGAUUUUUCGAAAAUUGAGAAUUCAGAAACCAUCACUGGUAUUAGAAAGGCAUACCCUGAUCUAGGAAAAUGCUUGUACUUUGACUUGGCCUCAGGUUCACACACUGUGCUGUAUGAGCUGCACAAAAAAAGACUCAAUUGGGUUUGGUUUGUGAAUCAGUCUGAGCCUGAAGUUAAGGGGACAUCAGUGACAAUGAAGGUAAAUAGUGAGAUGAUCCAGAAGAUGCAGCAAGAGGCAGAAAAGGUUUUGAUUCCUGAAUUGGUAAAGGUGAUAAAAGAAACAAGGGAACCUUUCUUGAAUUUCAUAUAUGAUAGUGAUCCCUUGGAGAAGAUCUUUUGGGAGAAAGUGGUAUUGGUAGGGGAUGCAGCUCACCCCACCACUCCUCACUGUGUUAGAAGCACAAACAUGUCCAUAUUAGAUGCAGCUGUGUUAGGAAAAUGCAUGGAGAAGUGGGGAGCACAAAAGCUUGAAUCAGCUUUGGAAGAGUAUAAGUUGAUUAGGAUACCACUCACCUCCAAGCAAGUUCUUCAUGCUAGGCGUCUAGGUCGCUUGAAACAAGGGUUGGUUCUACCUGAUAGAGAACCUUUUGACCCAAAGUUGGUUAGGCCAGAGGAUCAUCAGGAGCUUCUAGUGAGGAACACACCAUUUUUUAAUGAUGGCCCUUUAUCACUUGGUCUAAUAUCAUCUGAUUGCUUGUAGCAUUGUGUUUUAUUACUACAUUCAAAAUGACACCUUCACAAUUGGUUCCUUGUUUAA